AUGCCGAUACGCGUUGAUGCACGCGUUCGGAGAGACCGUAAAACUUGGUCGAUUUAUUAUUCGCUUUUCCAAUAUCGACGCUGCGAUCGCCAAAGCGUGUCGACGUCGAAAAGCAGUUCUCUCGUUUUAUUCUUUCCAACACUUUUUGCACUUUUUGCACUAUUUGACACAGAAAAGAAUAAAAAACGUUAUUCCACAGACGACACCGUUGCGGACGAGAACCAUAUUAAGAUCUCUCGACAAACGCUCGAUUCUCUCACUCGAAGAGGAGAAUAUAAAAGAAAAAGAGGGUGCUCAGAAGUUGUUCUCGGUGCCGGGAAUAUUCUCAAGUCGAGGACGAGCGCUUUGAAAACGAAGGAGAGCGCGACGAUGACGAGGAGGAUGUGUUGGAUGAAAGCUUUAUUAGGCGGCGACGCGAAUGAUAUCGUUGUUUUUACUACCACGCUCGUCGACGAGAGUGCCGGAUGCGGUUUCUCAUUGUCGAAAAUGAUGAUGAAAUCUGCCCUCGCGACGAUUUUGGUCAGCACCGCGGCUGUGCUCAAAGCCGACGCCGGCGCGCUCAAACUCACGAUUCUCUCCAUGAACGAUCAUCACUCCAAACUCGAUUCGGAUGAUCACGAUUUGACCGUCUCUGACGCCACCACGAAAGCCGUCACGGGCGAAUCGGUGAACGUAAAGAUCGGCGGAUUUCCGAUGACCGUUGCCGGGAUGUCGGCGUUGACGACCUCGGAAGAAGCUGCCGGACAAUCCGUGAUCAAACUCCACGCGGGAGAUGUCUUGACGGGCGGUGCGUACUAUUCGUGGUUCAAAGGCACAGCUGACGCGAAAAUGAUGCAACACGCGUGCUUCCAUGCUAUGGUCAUCGGUAAUCACGAGUUUGACGACGGUGACCAGAACCUCGCCACUUUCAUCGAUAAUUUGAGCGAUGCGGCUGUGUGCGCGACUGGAACCAAAGUACUCAGCGCGAACGUAGUCGCUGGGACCUCCUCUCCUCUGCAAACCAAGUACGCCAAGUCGCACGUCUUCACUCUAGGGGGAGAGAGCGUCGGCGUCGUUGGCGUGACCAUCAAGAGAAAAACGAUGGAAUCUUCCUUCCCCGAUGCAGGUACGACCGUCGAGGAUGAGAAGACGGCGGCACAGGCUGAGAUUGAUGCGCUCGUUGCUUCUGGCGUCGAUAAGAUCAUUCUGCUUACACAUAUCGGCUACGCGUACGACGUAAGUUGGAUGGCGACGCUGAACAACGUCGACGUCAUCGUUGGCGGUGACAAACAUGAGCUCCUUGGCGACGCUUCUGAUUUGAUGGGGUUUGCCACUCCACACGCCGCAUUUCCCGCUGAAUUAACGAAUGGAAACGGUAAGAAGGUUUGCGUCGUGCAAUCUUGGGAGUACUCAAAAACCUUUGGGAAGCUUCGAGUAGACUUCGAUGCGAACGGCGAUGUCACGAGCUGCUCUGGUAAGCCCCAGUUUGUAUAUGACUCGACUUCAUUCCUCCAAAAUCUCGUCGAUGCCGCGGGAGAGGACUACACCGAAGCCUUCGAUGACGCGAAAAAAACCGCCAUGGUUUCUCACCUCGAUACGCUCGACAACUGGCACGCUGUUACUGCUGACGCCGCUACUGCGGCGUCGUUCGAGACGUACAAAACGCAAGUGGACAUACUCAAGACGCAAAAGAUUGCGGACGUGCCCGCAAAUAUCUGCUUCGAACGCAUUCCCGGUCAAGGACGCUCUACGGUAUGUGAAACGUCGGCGUCGUAUGAACACGGCGGAGCGGCGUGCCAGCUCGUCGCAAAAGGGUUCCUUCACCGCACGAAGAACGCCGAUAUUUGCGUUCAGAACGGUGGAGGAUGCAGGCAGGACAUUGUCGCUGGUGAUUUCACGAAAGGUGACGCGUAUUCAAUGCUUCCUUUCAGCAACACCAUUGUGACGAUGGAUAUGACCGGUACACAGAUCAUCGCGCUUAUGGAAGACGCCCUCGAUAUGGCGCAUAAUGGCGGAUCCACGGGUGCGUACCCCUACGUCGCGGGACUGCGCAUGGACGUCGACAUGAACAAGACAAAGGGUUUCCGCGUGUCGAACGUGGAAAUUAACUCGCGUCUCGCAGGAUCCUGGGCCGCCAUCGACAUAACCAAAACGUACGUUGUUGGUACGAACAACUACAUCGCCGCUGGCAAAGACGGAUACUUUACGUUUGGCGAGGUCACCGGAGUUGAUUCUUACAUGAAUUACGCGCAGACAAUGAUGGAUUACGCGGAAGAGGUGAAAACUCUCACCGCGCCGGCAAAAGCGGAAAUGACGACACAAUCGUACAUCGCCCCGGAUGGUACUGCGCACACCGUUGUAACGCCUCCGGCGAGUUCGGGCGCCACCAUUUUUGGUCACGCCGUCGCGCUCUUCGCUUUUGUUGGCGCCUUCGCUGCGGUGAUGUAG